AUGGCCCACCGCGUCGUCUCCGACGCGGACGCGCCGCCGCUGGACCCGGGCAAUUUGACGCUCGACGCCCUGCUGCACCCGCUCGGCAAGGACGCCUUCUUGGAGACCCACUUCCGCCGCCGCGCCGUCGUCGUCGCGGGCGGCGGCGCGGCGCGCGCGGCGGCGCUCUUCCCCGAGGCGGCGGCCGGCGACGUCGAGGCCGUGGCCGCGGCGAGCUCGUCGGAGCGGCUCAUGCUCUGGGUGCGCGCGGGCGGCGCCGCGCCGUCGGGCGAGGCGCGGCGCUGGGGCCUGCCGGCGUCGCGGUCCACGACGGCGCUCACGUCCGUCGUCGCCGAGGACGCGCGCUCCGCGGCGGCGCUCCACGGCGCGGGCCACGCGCUCUACUGCCGCGGGCCGCCGGGCCUCGAGGCGUCGCUCGUCGACGCGCUCCUCGGCGAGACGUCGCUGGGCCUGCCGCCGCGGCGCGGCGCGGGCCAACUCGCGGGCCACGGCGAGGUCGAGAUGUUCUGCGCGCGCGAGGGGCACGUCACGGGCUGGCACUACGACUUCCAGGAGAACUUCACGGUCCAGCUCCGGGGGUCGAAGCGUUGGCGCGUCGCGCGGUCGACGGAGACGCACCCGCUCCGCGCGCACUCGCUGCACUUCGCGGACGCGUCCGUCGCCGAGGACCAGCGCAAGGCCGCGGGCCUAUGUCACGGGCGCGACCGCGGCGCCGCGCCGUCGUCGAAGAAGCGGAAGCGCGACGCGGACGACGUCGACGAGUUCGUGCUGGAAGCGGGCGACGUCCUGUACUUCCCCGCGGGCCUCUACCACGAGGUCGAGUCGCUCGACGACGACAACGUGUCGCUGAACGUGUCGCUCGUCGCGCCGUCCUGGGCCGAGGUCGUCACGUCGUCGCUCCGCCACUGCCUCUCGUCCCGCGAGGCCUUCCGCGCGCGCGCGACGUCCGGGCCGGGCGCGGCCGACGACCUGCGCCGGCUCCUGGGCGAGCUCAAGCAAAUCGUCGGGCAGCUCGACGUCGACAAUUUCACGGGAGCGAUCCUCCCGCGCGCCUGCAAACGGAACCCGGUGAUUCGAAGCGACGGCGUGAGGACGCCCUACGACGACAGCGACGGCGACGACGACAGCGACGACGACGGCGAGUUCGUCAUCGACGUCGUGAACGAUCCGGAGCCAGGCGGGAUGAGGCCGUGCAAAUUAGACGUGAACCCGCUCUACGCCGCGACGAUGCAGCACGAGAUCGAGGACGCGGCGGAGCCGUCCUGGGUCAUCAUCAACGGCAACUACGGCGGCAGCGAGCUCCUGGAGCCCGCCGUGCGCGCGCGGCUCCUGCUCGGCCCCAACCUCUACCGGAAAUUCGAGGCCGCGCUCCGGGCGCCCGCCGGCAAUCCGGAGACCUGGUGUGUCAUCCGUGGGAAACUCGGGGGGAAGCUCAUCGCCCACCUCUACCACCUCGGCUUCCUCGUCGCCGACGCGCAGAACUGGGAGCAGCGCGUCAAGUCGGAAUUGGAAGCGUCGAAGCAGUGGUACAAGGACUGGGGGUCGCUCUACGCGCCGAGCCAGCCGACGAACUACCAGGACCGCAUCGAGAAGCUCCAGGCCAAGGCCGACGAGAUCCCCGGCGUGCGGCUCCAGACGAACAACUCCAUCUACGGCACGGGCAAGCCCUUCAAGGAGUUCGUCACCGCGCGGAGCACGGCCGCCGACGCGCCGGCCGCGCGCGGCGGCGCCGCGACGGACGCCGUCGCGGCCGACGACGCGCUGCCGACGCGCGCGACGGCCGAGGACCGCGUCGCCGAGCCCUCGGACCGCGCGCCGCACGUCGGCGCGCGCGUCGCGGCCGGGGACGGCGCCGGCGACCGCCGCGGCGUCGGCGCCCGCGACGGCGCGGGCCCGCACGACCGCGCGACGAACUCGACCUCGACGUCGGCCUCGGCGACGGUGCCGCCGUCGCAGUAG